ACAGCAUCCAACAGAACAACAAGCUUCAGAAACCGACUACUCUCAAACACUUGUCUCCUGACCAAAAAUCAACUUUAUCUCGAAAAGUCCUCAUCAUCCAAAAUGCAAUUCUUCAAGCUUCUUGCUCUCUUCGCCGCCACGGCCGCUGCCGUCCCCGCCCCUGCUCCUGAGCCUCAGGCGUGCACCAAGGCAAUUGAGGACGACGUCGCCAAGUCGGCGGAGGUCUACAAGCGAUGUGGCUAUAACUGGAUCAAGCGCGGCGAGGACGGCCUUGCUGCCCGCCAGGCCUGCACUAAGGCGCUCGAAGAGUCUGUCGCCGAGAUUUCCCAGAAGCACAAGCGAUGUGGAUACAACUGGAUCAAGCGCGACGAGCUCGCCGUUCGCGAGCCCCUACCCCAGGCCUGCACUAAAGUGGCCGACGAGGCCACCGCCGAGGCUGAGACGCUCUACAAGCGAUGCGGUUACAACUGGAUCAAGCGCGGCGAGGAAGGUCUUGCUGCCCGCCAGGCUUGCACGACCGCGGUCGAGGAGGCCGUCGAGAACGCCUCUGAGAAGUUCAAGCGCUGCGGUUACAACUGGAUCAAGCGUACCACUGCUGAUCGAAACUCGCUCACCUUGAUAAUGGCCUCCCAAAACUACGCCGCCUGGCAAGUCGCUGCCAAAGCUCCCAGCCUGGAGGUGAAGGAGGCAGCUUACACCCAACCUGCUGCGUCUGAGAUCCUAAUCCGGAACUAUGCUGUGGCUGUAAACCUCGUCGAACCAGCCCUGCAGACUCGAGGGCCGGACCUCUUCCAGUGGGUGACAUACCCGCAAAUCUUCGGAAAUGACAUUGCUGGCGAGGUUGUGGAGGUGGGACCCGGCGUUAACGCAUUCAAGCCAGGAGACCGCGUAGUAGCCCACGCCCUCAACUUGACCAAUAAUAAGCCUUCUGAGGGGGGUUUCCAGCUGUUCACCAUUGUAUCAGACUUCAUGGCCGCCCUCAUCCCAGAGACCGUCUCGUUUGAGCAGGCGUCUGUCCUCCCGCUGGCCUUGUCGACUGCCUCAUGCGCCCUGUAUCAAGAAGACCAGCUGGCCCUUGACCUUCCUACUGUUCCUGCUCGGCCCAGCACCGGCAAGACCGUCCUCGUCUGGGGUGGCGCAUCAAGUGUUGGAUGCAAUGCCAUCCAACUUGCUGUUGCCUCUGGGUAUGAGGUCAUCACCGUAGCGUCGCCUCAGAACUUUGACCUGCUGAAGAAGUUGGGGGCAGCCAACGUUUUCGACUACCACGCCCCGGAUGUUGUUGAGCAAAUUCUCGGCGUUUUUGCCAACAAGGAAUCUGCCGGAGGGUUGGCCAUUGUGCCUGGCUCCGCCGGUCUUGUUGGAGAAGUCUUGGCUCGCUCAUCCAAGGGUGUCAAGUUCGUCUCCAACAUCUCUGCGCAGCCUGCGGACCUCCCCGAUGGUGUCAAGUCAAACGUCGUCUUUGGAGGUUCUUUGCGUGAGAACGAGGUUGGCCGUGCGGUAUAUGCGGAUUUCCUCGGCAAAGCCCUAGCAGCCGGAUCCUUCACCUGCGCCCCCGAACCUCACGUCGUUGGCAAGGGUCUGGAGAGUCUGCAGACGGCCUUCGAAGCCGUCAGGGAGGGUGUAUCGGCAAAGAAAGUGGUGGUAACCUUAGCUUGA